GGGGCGGCUGCGGCGCUGCGGAAGCGGAGGAGGGCGGCACAGGCAAGGAGAGUGGAGCGGCCCUGGCCGGCUCGGGGCUUAUUCCGUGUCGGCCCCGGCGCGGGGCGCGCAGGGGCGCCCGGCCCGGCCCGCUGUAAACACCGCCGCGGGGCUCCAUGGAGACGCAGGGGAAGCCCCCGCCGCCCAGCAGCCAGCGGGGGCCGGUGCUGCACAUCGUGGUGGUCGGCUUCCACCACAAGAAGGGCUGCCAGGUUGAAUUCUCCUAUCCUCCCCUCCUCUCAGGAGAAGGACAUGACAGCCAUAGUUUACCAGAAGAAUGGAAAUACUUGCCUUUCCUUGCCUUGCCAGAUGGAGCUCACAAUUAUCAAGAAGAUACUGUGUUUUUCCACUUGCCACCAAGAUGUGGAGAUCGAACCACAAUAUACGGUGUCUCUUGUUAUAGGCAGAUUGAAGCCAAGGCACUGAAAGUGCGGCAAGCAGAUGUCACCCGAGAAACAGUACAGAAAAGUGUCUGUGUUCUAAGUCAGCUGCCUUUGUAUGGAUUACUUCAAGCAAAGCUACAGCUCAUUACUCAUGCCUAUUUUGAAGAAAAAGACUUCUCACAAAUUUCAAUUCUUAAGGAACUUUAUGAGCAUAUGAAUAGCUCUUUGGGCGGAACUACACUGGAGGGGUCACAAGUUUAUCUUGGUCUGUCUCCUCGAGAUCUUGUCCUUCAGUUCAGACACAAGAUCUUAAUUCUUUUUAAAUUGAUUCUUCUAGAGAAAAAGGUGUUGUUUUAUAUUUCUCCAGUAAAUAGACUGGUGGGAGCACUGAUGACUGUCUUGUCUCUCUUUCCUGGUAUGAUUGAACAUGGUCUUACUGACAGUUCACAGUACAGACCAAGAAGGAGUGUAUCAGAGGAUACUGGCUUGCGGGAAGCUAAUCCCCCUUUAGAUGAUUAUGUUUCUGUGUCUGCUAACAUUUCAAAUACAAACUCAGGAAUGGGUGAGGAAGGCAGGAAGCUAUCCAAAAACCAUGUGCGGAAGGCUCAGAAAACAGAUGUGCCUUUAUCCCAUUCUGAAAAGAAUUGCAAUGGAUCACAGUCCUCCAAUGGCACUAGACAACAUUUGAAACCUCCUUCACGCACUUCUCCAGAGUCUUCUGAAAGUGACUGGGAGACCUUGGAUCCUAGUAUUUUGGAGGAUCCCAACUUGAAAGAAGGAGAACGUGAAAAUAUGACAUCAGAACAGACUGAAAUCCUUUCAAAGGAAUGCACAACAUCAGAAAGCCCUCCAAUUACUGUGCAACCUCAGGCUAAAACAGGACAUGUGGUUCUUGUUCCAGGACUGAUAUCGGGGUUGGAGGAGGACCAGUAUGGCAUGCCAUUGGCUAUUUUUACUAAGGGUUACCUUUGCUUGCCAUACAUGGCACUGCAGCAGCAUCACCUCCUCUCUGAUGUAACAGUUCGUGGCUUUGUUGCGGGAGCCACCAACAUCCUGUUCCGUCAGCAGAAGCAUCUAAGUGAUGCAAUUGUGGAAAUAGAGGAAGCCCUUGUCCAAAUCCAUGAUCCAGAACUCAGGAAGAUCCUGAACCUCACAACUGCUGACCUGAGAUUCGCAGACUACUUGGUGAAGCAUGUAACUGAGAACAGGGAUGAUGUUUUCCUCGAUGGUACCGGUUGGGAGGGAGGAGACGAGUGGAUCAGGGCUCAGUUUGGUGCCUAUCUUCAUGCAUUGCUUGCUGCUGUGCUGCAGCCAGAUAACGAAAAGAUAUUGUCAGACUUCGGAACAGCCUUUGUAGCAACUUGGAAAAAUACACACAAUUACAGAGUAUGGAACAGCAACAAGCAUCCUGCUCUUGCAGAGGUAAAUUCUAGCCACCCAUUCCAGGGCCAAUACUCUGUAUCAGACGUAAAGUUAAGAUUAUCACACUCUGUCCAGAACAGCGAACGUGGCAAGAAAAUUGGAACUGCCAUGGUCAAUACCAGCCGGAAUGUUGUGCAAACAGGAAAAGCCGUAGGUCAGUCAGUAGGAGGGGCCUUCACAAAUGCAAAAUCAGCCAUGUCUUCGUGGCUUUCCACUUUUACCCAGUCAACACAAGGCCUCGGGGACUAAAAGUAGAGUCUGAAUACAGACUUUGCACUCUGCUGUUGAGUAUUUCAGUUGUAUCAGUUUCUCUCAGCUGUACAAAGACUGCUCCAAAAUGAGGUAUGGAGACUUCUUAGUCAAGGAGGACCAAAAUGCAGUGUGUUUGUUUACAGAGAAAAAUGGAAUGUUUACCCUUGGGUUUUACUAGAAGUAUGAAUGUCUCCAAACAGAGCAUGAAGAAUGGCAUGUAAAGCUCUUUCACAGUUCAUUAGUUGUGUUUUUAAAUGACUACUUUUGUUUAAAUCUGAGCCUUUAUACUCUAGCAAACAGGGUUUAUUGCAAGCAAAAUGAUAGGUUUGAAUUCAGAUUUGUACAUUUUGGAGAGUGAUGAUAUCUAUGUAAAUUAGCUGUAUUUUACGAUUCAAAUAGUCAAACAUUUGCUGUAAUGUUUGUUAGGAUGAAGCAGUAUAAUAAUGCUGAUUCACAUUUUAAGGUUGGAUCUGAGGGCAUGCCUGUGAACUUAAUGAUGCAUGCCCCGUUGAAACCCUUCUUAGUUAAGCUUGCUUUCAGUUUCAAACUAAAUUCAACACUGGUGUAGAUUGAGACUGUUUUUGAUUUGUGACUUUUUCUUUUCCCCCAUCAUAUACAUGAAUUGUAUUCAUCUGUAUCUAACUUUCUUCUCUGUACCUGCAGAGGUGAGAGAGUAGACAAUUGUGCAAUCAGUUUUUUUUUGAUAUUGUCUUCACUCAUUUCAUAGGGCAGAAUAUAAACUCUUUUUCCUAACACUUAAUAGUGUUGCCACUAUAUUUACUCUAGGACAUUCCAGCUGAAGAGAUUUCUUUGCAGCAUUCUUUAGGGAAAAUGUCAACAAAAUAGUAGGUUCUCUGAGAUCAAAAAUUAGAACCAUAGGCAACUCUGUGCAGACCUGCUCUAUUUAUAAAUGCAGUGUGUGUGUGUGUGUGUGUGUGUCUGUACAUACACACACUGUGUUAAAAUUAUCCCCAAAACUAAUGCAGUAGUUAACAAACUCUUGAAUUCUUUUUGUUGCAAGGCAGGCCAUGAAGACCCUUCUGAGUGAAAAUUGGCCAGGUAGAUGACUCUUUCAUUUAGUCAGGGAGUAUCCAUUUCACAAAACUGUUUUUGCAUUAGGAAAGAGAGGCCUCUAUUUUAAGAAUAACUGAAGCUGCUGAGUCAGUAAGUAAUAAGUAAGUAAAUAAGAUAGCAUAGCUCUUCGUACUACUUGGUGUGAUACUCCUGUAUUUUGUAUACCCUCUGCAUGUGUUGUAAUCUGUAUGGGUAUUUAUCCUAAAACUGGAGCAUUUCCUGUUCUUCAGACCUGAAUCUUUACUAUUUCUUUCAAUGAUAUAUGCCUGCUAGAACCUUGAUAUGAUACCUAUUAACAUACUUUCAAAUUUGUAUUUUCUAAACUAUAGUAACAAAAAUUCCCACGUUAAAUAAUGAAGAGAUUCUCGUAGCAUGAAAUCAUGACACCACAAAGAUCAGUGGGAGUUUUGCCAUUCUCUUCCAAGGGGCCAGGAUUUCCCCACACAGUUAUCUUGGACAUCCCUACUCUUGUAGUCCUGUAAGUAGGCAUGGGCUGAGCUGGUUGGAGCUUCCACUAGCUUUUCACCUUUCAUUUUUUGGGGUUAAAUGAAGAGAGCAUCUCAUGCUCCUUAUGCAACUCUUUACAUAAGGAAUUAAAAUUAAUAACUUGUGUUUUAAAAGCUGUUGAAAGCCAUGCUUUCAUUUACCAAUGAAAUCAUUUAUUAUUUUUACGCCAACUUCUCUAUUCCAGUAUUAUUGUUGUAAUUCUAUUUUUAGCUUUGCUGCUUCCCUUUUAACAGUAUAAAAUAACAUUAUAGCUUUUUUUUAAAAAAAAAAAAAAGCUGAUCAAUUUUUUAAGCUAAAUUACAAGUGGAAGAGCCAUGGAUUAAACUAAAAGCUUACAGCUACAUGAGUAGUUUCAUUUGAAAAGCAAAGCAAAUAACAUCUCUAGAAAGCUGUACUAUUUGUUUUUUUCUGCUUGUCACACCAGCAAACAUCUACCUUCUACUGAAAUACAACUGGCACAUACUAAUAAAUGUAAACUUUGUUGCUUUCAGACUGUAUAUAUAAAUUUUGUUCUGUAACUUCUGCUGCAGUAUUUGGAUAUUGUUCAGCUCCCUGGCCCUCUUGCUUUCUUUUGCAUUAUUCAGUCUUCCCUUAGUAGAUGCUUCUAUCUUCAUAGAGACUGGGGCAUACCCUAUGCCACAUGCAUAUUUCUGAUAGAGUUAGUUUAGGUGUGUGAUCAAAAAAGCUUUUCUUGUUUCCUAAUUAGUAUCUACAGAGUUUUCCAGUUUAGGCUGGAGAUUAGAAAACAGCAAUUUGCUAUUGGGAGACACUUUUGUGAAGCAUUAAACAAUAUGUAUACUGUUGGCCUGUCUCUCUCGUACUUGAACUUUUUCUUGUAGUAAAGGCAGUCUGUGGCCUCUGGAACUUGAGCACCUGUGUUGACUACCUCUGGGACUUAGGUAUUCUAGUGCAGUUUAGUCUAGGAGCUUGGCAAGUAGCUAGGAUUUACAGGUACAAAGCAUAGGAACAAGGGCCCUCUUCUCUGUAUUUUUUUUUUAAAUACCUUGUCUCUCUCUGUCACCCCUCCUUCACUUUUCUUCCUUCUGACCCAAUCCCGUGUCUCCCCUUCUUCAAGAACAGGGGCUCAGAAUGUCUGAGGAUUUCUCAGAGCUCUUUAUUCUGUGUUGGUUCUGGUCAAUAUCUUCUGCAACAGCAGGCACGUGCUCUUGUGUUGUGGGACUUGCAGUGCUCCAGGAUCCUGCUGUCAUUGGCAAUCAUAGUCUAGGAAAGGUGCUCAAAACAGUCUCCCCUUCCCCACAAUCUUGCCAGAGUUAUGGGAAUUAGGGGUACAGGCUUCAUCAAGAGUAUUUUCCUUUUUUCUCUCUCUGAAGUUGAUCCAAGAUAUAAUACUGACAGCCUUCAUUUCUGCCCCUAGGGUGAAUGAUGCGCAAGAAAUAGAGGAAGCUAUUGUGGUAUAUAUAUUUUUUAAUCCUCUUUCAGAUGAGCUUCCUUCUAGCAAUUUGGACAGUAAGUGAAGUGCUUAUUAGCAUGUAUUCUCAUUUGAACAGCCACCUUAAUUACUUCUGGGCAGUAGAGCACGCAGCCACCAAAAUUAACAAACAAACUAUACAAAUGAAUAAGUCUUUAAGCUUUCUUAAAUUAACAAUUGUAGUAAUCACUCUAGUAAAUCUUAGACAAACUCCAAACUGUGUUUCCACCGUUCUAUUUAUUUACAUGUCUUAAAUCCCCAGUAUGAACAUAAAACCAGUCCAAAGAGACUAAUGAAGUGAUACCUCAUCUUGAAGAGCUGGAGAGCCAUUUCUUCAUUACUUGGUUUCUGGGCCACAGUAUAACUUUGAAGACACUGCCCGUAAUGACUGAGCUGUGACAUUGUCAUUUAGCACGUCUGGCUGUCACUCCACAGUUUGGUGGCUGUUUGUGAUUCCUCUCCAACAUUUUCUCUCUCUCUCCCCCCACUUCCUGGCUGCUUGAGUGCUCUUGUAUGUGCCAAAAAGCAUGGGGAGCUGUCCUGGUGAUCAGACCUAUACGAUAUAUAUGAAUCACAUACAAGUCCUAAAGAGAGAGACUGAGUACCACUGACAGUGAAGUUCUGAUGGAUUCAAAUGUUCACCUUUCUUUCUUCAGUCACUUGAUGUCACAACUAUAAAAUUUUUGCACAUCUGACAUUAGAUCAUCUUAAAUGUUACUCCAUUUUAAUAAAUAUCAUUUGAGAAUCAAUCUUCUAGUGCAGUGGUUCCCAAACUUGUUUCCGCCGCUUGUGCAGGGAAAGCCCCAGUGGGCCAGGCCGGUUUGUUUACCUGCCGCGUUGGCAGGUUCAGCCGAUUGUGGCUCCCAGUGGCCGCGGUUCGCUGCACCAGGCCAAUGGGAGCUGCUGGAAGCGGCGUGGGAUGAGGAACAUACUGGCCACUGCUUCCAGCAGCCCCCAUUAGCCUGGAGCAGCAAACCGCGGCCAGUGGGAGUUGUGAUCAGACGAACCUGUGGACGCGGCAAGUAAACAAACCAGCCCGGCCCGCCAGGGGCUUUCCUUGCACAAGCGGCGGAACAAGUCUGGGAACCACUGCACUAGUGUAUUUCACUCAUUUCACCUUCUACAGUGUUUUAAAAGCAUUGUUGUAAUUUAAACUUAGUAUUUUACCUAAAUAAAAACUUGUGGUUUCGGCCAAAAAAUUAUUAUUAGCAGAUAAACUCUUCUGUGGCAGUAUUUAAUUGUAAAAGUGAAAGUAUAAAUGGAAUUUUUAAAAAUGAAAACCUGGUAUUUGAUAACUCUACACUCAUAUAUACUAUAUCUGGUUGUAAUUUUUCAUGUGUGGCUUGGAAAUAAAUAUAUCAAGCCUGUUUAAAAGCUUUUACUGUCUGCUCAGAAAGCUGUUUUAUUGGAAGAAUUUAUAAAUACCUAUAGAUAAGUCAUUUAAGUCCAUCAUUCAAUGACUGAUCUUAAGCCAUUAACCUCUGAAACUGGUGAAAUAUGAAAAUCAUCAGUAGUUUUACUGAUUAUUCUUGCAAUAUCAUAAUGAGGCCAACUUGUGAGAAACUGUAGCUUAUAGUCCAUUUAUACUAACUAUUUGGUAAGAGAUUGCUUUUGCAGAUUUGGGGUAAUAGGAUAGUGACUUUUUGAAAUGUAAAUACUUGUUUCAUCUAUUUGUGAGCUAGUAUUUUUUCCCCAAGUUUCCAGAACAGACUGAACUGUUAUGUCUCAUCAAGAGCUUUCCAGUGAAGAGAUGUAAAACAAUUUAAAACUAGAUACAGCCUCCUAAAAAUUAACUUUAAAUUAAACAGCCUCAUAAAAAUGUAGAGAUCAUUGAGCAUUUUAAAUAUCUUGUCAAAUGCAGGAGGCUCCAAGUGACUCUCUGCAAUCAGUACAAUUUGCACUGGGUUGGCAGCAAUAAUAAUUUUCCCACUCAUUUGCUUUAUGUAACAUUAAGGGUGUCUUUUGUUGUUUUUAAUUUAGUCAAACAUGCUAAAGACUCUGAUCAAGGUAAAUCUUGAAGCCAUUCUCAAAUAUAUAGAGUUUUGAUAAGUAAUUUGUUUCCAUUAGGAAGGGAAAGAAAAUAACUCCCUUGAAUAACAACUUCCAAAUCUGAAAGAGAUGCAUGCAUAAAUAAGUCUAAUAUUUUGUAAAAUUUUGUUGCCUUUGUAUUUGUCUACCUUUCUACUGACUCUCUGAAAGAAAAUAUAUAUUUAAACUGUGUAAAUGACAGGGUUAUAGCUUGUUUUUUAGUAUAUUUAUAACUGAUCUCUUGCAUGUAUUAUUUUUCAUUAUUGCACAUUUCAGAAAUGUAGAGAAUGUGCACCUAUCCCUUUCAAGCCAGAAAAAAAAUUCUGUACUCCAUUACAAUUCCCAGUAUUUCAAGUUUUCAUAGAGAGUCCCUUCAUGGAGAUAUGAUAAAGUGCUAAGUUUUUUUAAUGCUAAUAUGGAAUGGAAAUUAACAAAAGGGCUUAAGUGACUCUCCAGUUUUUACUGUUUGAAUUUCUUCUUUUGUUUGUUACCAGAUACAGGAAGUAGUUUAUUAAAGAAACAUUCUGCAAAUUGUUAUAAGAAUUCAAAGUCACUGAACAACUGUCAAUUUAAAUCUGAUCACUUUAUUGGGUAUAAAGUAAUGUGUGCUGUAGUAUGAACCAGUUACCAUGCGUAACAUCUGAUCAUAAAACAGUUUAGUAUUCUUUGCUGCUAUUGUAGACUUCGUAAUUUUAGCUAGACGGUUUGUCAAAUCCUUUACCUCUGUGACUAUUUUAAAAUCAAAUCAUUGCCUAAUCAUAUACUGUGUUGAAAUGAUUCCAUUGUAUAUUUUGUUCUAAAAGUGAUAGAAAAUAAAAUUGCUUUGUUUAUGCCCUUCUUGAA